GAAGCUUUUGCUUCCAUUAAAACCCCAAAACCAGUUGCCUGAAUUGUAAAAAUCUCUCUUUCAGAUCACAAAGAGUGAAGCUUAUUGAGCAGUACUUGGAAAUGGAUAAGACACUUAUUUAUAUUGUGUACAAUGGAAGAUGGGAUGGUGCUGAAAACAAGUCCAGCUAUGUUGAUUACCAAGUUAAGAUAAUCAUGGUAGAAGAAGGUGUUACUACUAUCACAUACACUAGCUUGAUCGACAAAAUAUGUAAAGAGCUUCGAUUAGACCCAACUUUGAAUUCAUUCAAAAUGACUUUCGAUCCAAAAAUUGGGUCAAACAAUAAAGGAAUGACAAUAGAAAAUGACGACAAUGUAGCUGUGUUUCUUUACUUGAUCAAGAAUGACCCUGAAUUCAACAAGUGCCCUCUUGUGGUAGAGUUUGAGAAAAAGUCUCAAACUUUGACAGAUAAUUCAGAUCAGACAACAACAGCAACAACUACUACUACUACAAAUGUCUCAUUCUCAACCGUGAACGAGAAAGAGAAAGAUAUUAGUGUAGUUGGGAAUGAGAAAAGUGAAGUGAAUAAUGAGAACAAGUGCUCUUCUUCUUCAGCAACAUCAACUACAACUAAUAACUCAACCGUGGAUGAGAAAGAGAAAGAGAAAGAUAUUAGUGUAGAUGUGAAUGAGAAAAGUGAAGUGAAUAAUGAGAACAAGAGCUCUUCUUCUUCAGCAACAUCAACUACAACAAAUAACUCAACCGUGGAUGAGAAAGAGAAAGAGAAAGAGAAAGAGAAAGAGAAAGACGAUAUUAGUGUAGUUGUGAAUGAGAAAAGUAAAGUGAAUAAUGAGAACACAAGCUCUUCUUCUUUAGCAACAUCAACUACAACUAAUAACUCAACCGUAGAUGAGAAAGAGAAAGAGAAAGAUAUUAGUGUAGUUGUGAAUGAGAAAAGUGAAGUGAAUAAUGAGAACAAGAGCAAUAUUUUUGGCUCUUCUUCUUCUUCUUCUAUUAGUUUGUUUGGAGGAGCAAGUAGAAGUGAACCUACUCAGUUUUGUUUUGGAACAAGUGGACUCAGUCAGUCUUGUUUUGGAGCAACAUCAACUACAACUAUAAAGCGCAGAUAUAUAAAGCCCAGACGUAUAAAGCCCGGACAUAUAAAGCCCAACAUCAACUACAACUAGUUUUGGAGAGGUCUUGAUGAGUUUUCAGGUUAGUUUUGUGUGUUGGAUGUUUUCUUUCUGUGAAGAAAAUAAUUAAAGGGAAAAUAGUACUCAUGUAAACUUAUAUAUAUAUAUAUAUUAUUGAAAUCUCUUAUUGUUAUCUCCAUUGUUUC